CUGGAAUACUCCAUAUUUUAUUUUAUUACUCAGUAAAUUGUUGGAUGUAUAAGGAAUUUGUGGUUAUAUUUACAAGAAAAAUAUUGAGGUCAGUUAGUUAAUUUGCUGUUUAAUAAAAGUGUACAUUUAGUGAGUUAAACGAUGGCAGGAGGUUUCACAGAGAAUGCCUUCAUUAAAAAGUUAAGCGAACUGAACAAUUCAUCCCAAAGUAUUCAAACAUUGAGCCUCUGGUUGAUCCAUCAUAGGAAACAUUACAGCACCGUCGCUAAAAUAUGGAUUAGGGAGUUAAUUAAAGCCAAAGAUGCUAAAAAAUUGACUUUCAUGUACCUCGCCAAUGAUGUAAUUCAAAACAGUAAGAAAAAAGGCCCCGAGUACGGGCAAGAGUUCAGCUUGCACCUGAAGAAAGCCUUCGAAAACAUGUCCAAAUGCGACGAAAAAACGAAAAACAAUUUAGAUAGAUUACUUACAAUUUGGAAUGACAGAGGAAUCUACGACAGCGUUCUAAUUAGCGAAUUCCAAAGAGCUUUAGUUUUAGGUAACGAACCGCCAAAUAAGAAAGCUAAAGUGAAAGAAAGAGGGAGAAAAAAAUCCGAGACUGAAAAAAUCGUAGAAAAUUCCGAUGGCUCCAUCGAGACCCACAUACAGCUAAGUCCUCACACGCCCGCUGGGGAUCCUCCGGAACCGGAAGAACUAAUUAGGGCCAUUCAAGAUUUAGAAGUCAACAUAGCAUCCUCCGAUGAAAUUGUUCGAGAAAGAAUAGCCAAGUUGCCUAGGGAAGUAUCAGAAGUAUCCCUUAUUUCCAAAAUUGAAGAUAAGGAUGCGGCUGAAAAGUUGAGUGCUCAAGUGGGAGAAGCCGUUCAUUUGUUAACUCAAUACAAUAAUCGAUUAGUAUUAGAAAUGGAGCACAGGAAGAAAGUUUCUGUGAUGAUGAGGGAUUUUCUGCACGUACAAGAAGAAUUAUUAGCUCAAGCCGAACGAAACUGCGAGGAAUAUCAAGAGAAAUUAUUGAAAGUGUAUACUGUGAGAACCGAAUUGCACAACCACAUACGUAACCUACCGGAUUUAACCCAACUGCCGAACGUAACAGAUGGUCUAGCGCCUUUACCAUCCGCCGAACAUUUAUUUAUGCAAUAGUUAUGGAAGAUACAUAUAUUAUAUUGUUUAAAUUCAUGAUUACACUUAAUUUUUUACUAUUUAGUUUUCGGUUGAAUAUAUUGUUUUAACUAAUUUGCUUCGAAUUGGUUUCUGUAAAUUAGUAGACUUGUUUUAUGUUUAGUGCUUUCAUAUCUGAACUGUUUUCUCUAUCUUUGUUAUCGUAGAGACGAGUUAGAUAGUAUGAAUAUGAAAUUACAUGGCCAGGCACUCUAAAUAAUAUGCUUAUACCUGUGGCCGAAUUAAAUUGAAAGUUUCUUUUUUAAAUAAAUUUUAAACUCGUUUUAGAUGACACAUUUUUUGUGCAAGAAUUUAGCUAUUUGAGUGUAAAGAAAUUGCAUCGUCUGGAGCGUUUUCAAAAGGGUGCAAUAUAUUGCAUUGCUGUUUUUAUACAAGCGUUAAUAAAAAUUAUCCUAUCUCAUUCAUGUGAAAACUACGCAUUUGAACGCUUGUAUUUUAUCUGCAAUGCCAAAUAUUGCUCCGUGUUAAAACGAUCUUAAUCAUUGCGGUUAGUUCAUCUUCAAAAAAAAUUCUUUAUAUGUAUAUUGCAAUGUAAUUUAAGUACAUUGUUGGUUAAGCCUGAAUUGUAAAGUUUAUCUCGGUAUCGUACACGAAUAUGAAAAAUAUCGAAAAUGUGAUUUUAAUUUAAGUUUUAAUAUUUGAUUUAUUCUCAUUUUUGUUGUAUAUCUAUCUGAA